UCCACGUCCGCACUCUCUGGACCUCAGUAGAAAGCACGAACCCGUCUUCUUCUCCCUCUUCUUCUUCUCCUCCUCCUUCCAUCGGCGAGCGAGAGAAGACGCAGAGAGAGAGAGAGAGAGAGAGAGAGAGAAUCGGAGGAACCUCCAUGCGCAUUGGCGAACGAUGUCCACCUUCCUGACCGGCACCGCUCUUUCCAAUCCCAACCCGAACAAGUCGUACGAGGUCGUUCAACCUCCGAAUGACUCCGUCUCGAGCCUGAGCUUCAACCCCAAGGCCAACUUCUUGGUGGCCACUUCCUGGGACAACCAGGUCAGGUGCUGGGAGAUUGUGCGGAGUGGAACAAGCCUCGGCACUACGCCAAAGGCAUCCAUAUCUCAUGACCAGCCAGUAUUGUGCUCAACUUGGAAGGAUGAUGGAACAACUGUCUUUUCUGGCGGCUGUGACAAGCAAGUCAAAAUGUGGCCAUUGUCAGGUGGCCAACCAAUGACUGUGGCCAUGCAUGACGCGCCAAUAAAAGAGAUUUCGUGGAUACCUGAAAUGAACCUUUUAGUUACUGGAAGUUGGGACAAGACAUUGAGAUACUGGGACACGAGACAAGCCAAUCCAGUUCAUAUUCAACAAUUGCCUGAGCGUUGCUAUGCCCUUACUGUGAGACAUCCCCUCAUGGUUGUUGGUACUGCAGAUAGGAAUCUGAUAAUCUACAAUUUGCAAAGUCCUCAGACUGAAUUCAAGAGAAUCAGUUCGCCCCUCAAGUAUCAGACCAGAUGUCUCGCUGCCUUCCCUGAUCAACAAGGCUUUCUGGUUGGCUCUAUUGAAGGAAGAGUUGGGGUACAUCAUCUAGAUGAUUCACAACAAAGCAAGAAUUUCACCUUCAAAUGCCACAGAGAGGGCAGUGAGAUAUACUCAGUCAAUUCAUUGAACUUCCAUCCUGUACAUCACACCUUCGCAACUGCUGGUUCUGACGGCGCCUUCAAUUUUUGGGACAAGGAUAGCAAACAGAGACUGAAGGCAAUGUCAAGGUGCAGUCAGCCCAUUCCCUGCAGUACCUUCAAUAAUGACGGGUCUAUUUUCGCAUACUCGGCGUGCUAUGAUUGGAGUAAGGGUGCAGAGAACCAUAAUCCUGCAACAGCCAAAACUUACAUUUUCCUGCAUUUACCACAGGAAUCUGAGGUUAAAGGCAAACCACGACUGGGGACUACUGGAAGAAAAUGACUCCUAAUUUCUAGUCGCAAAGCCCCAUCAUCAUAUUUCCAGUUGGAAGAGUCGUAUUCCCUGUCGGAAGGACGAGGGAUUUGUACAUGUAUAGACUUUCCAGCUGCUUCUCCCAAAAAAUUUAGCAGUUGACCUGUUUUUGGCCGAAGUCAAGGAUUUCGUUGUGUAGUACUGGGAGUUACUACUUGUAUGUAUGUAAAUCAUGUGGCGUCUGUCCAGUUACUAUAGAUGGGAGUCCCCUGGGUGGAUUUUGUGAAAUAUAUUUUGGUGAUCGGUUGUCUUUUCGUUGUAUCCACAAGACUACAGAAAUUACAUGCUAGUUAAUCCUUCUCCCUAUGUCAA